CGCAUCUCACGUCCCACCGUCGAAGCGCAGACCACACACGAUGUCUUACACUAUCGCCGCCGCCUCCAUCGUCGCGCCGAACGCGCGCGCGAACGCGCCCUCGACGAGGAACCUCGCCGCGCGCGCGCGCGUCGCCGCCACCGUGUCCCCUCGCGUCGCGAACGUCGCUUCUUCGCGCGGUCGCCGCGCCGCGGUCGUCGUCCGCGCCGCGGAGGACCCGAAGAAGCCCGCGAUCUUGCGCGAGAACGAGAAGGAGGCGUGGCUCUCGAAGGGCGAGAGGGAGGGCGAGAACCCGCUGAAAGACCCGAUGGCGAUGUUCGCGAUCGGCGGGAUCAUGGUGCCGUUCAUCAUCCUCGCCGUCGCGGGCGCGGCGGGGUACAUCGGCAACUGAGGAGCCGAGCGUCGGAUCGCGCGCUCGCGAGACGCGCGACGUGGACGACCGGUUGGAUUAGUGGAGUGGACUGCUUUGAAGUAAUAAGCGGCGGGGGGGCCGACGCCGACGGCGGCGCAACCCUGAUGUAUUCGAGUUCUAUUUCAUACCC